AUGGCUGAAGAGAGUGAUAACGGCGGCGGUGUGAAAACAGGUAUCGUUAAGUGGUUCAAUGACCAAAAAGGCUUUGGAUUCAUCACUCCUGAUGAUGGUAGCGAGGAUCUGUUCGUUCACCAGUCUGCUGUUAAAACUGAGGGAUUUCGAAGCCUCGGUGACGGCGAGAAUGUGGAGUUCGAAGUGGAGUACGGCAGCGAUGGCCGGGCUAAGGCCGCCAACGUGACUGGACCUGGUGGUGCUCCUGUUCAGGGAAGCACCAGAGGUUAUGGCGGAGGUGGAGGCGGAGGCGGUGGUGGAGGAGGCGGAGGUGGUGGAAGGGGCCGAAGGGAUGGAGGCGGUGGUGGCUAUGGUUAUAACGGAGGCGGUGGUGGUUACGGGUACAACGAAGGCGGAGGAAGCCGUGGGGGAAGCCGUGGAGGCGGUGGAUACGGUGGUGGCGGCUACGGCGGCGGUGGAGGCUACGGCGGCGGAGGUGGUGGUGGUAGUGGCUGUUUCAAGUGUGGUGAAUCUGGACAUAUGGCUAGGGAAUGUCCUCAGGGAGGUGGUGGUGGUGGUGGAGGCGGUGGAAGAUAUGGAUCCGGUGGCGGUGUAGGUGGCGGAGGAAGCUGCUACAACUGCGGUGAAGGUGGUCACUUUGCCCGUGAAUGCCCCAAUGCCAACCGUUGA